UGUAUAAUUUUUUUUUUUAUUUUGUGUAUUAGUUAGGCUUGAAAUUUUUUAGCCCAGUCUUAAAUCCAAUACUCAAUCCGUUCUUAGUUAACAGUAUGUUGGAUAAUAAUACACUGUUGGAUUUUACAUUUACGCUGAUUUUGGGGCCCUAACUUAUGGAGUUCGCCUCAGGCCUCGAAAACCACAGAACCGGCCCUGAGUGGGAGCUUCACUUUUUACGUGAAUAGAUAUCUUAUUUAUCAGCACUGAUGUGUCAUUAACAAGGAUGGUGUUGAAGUUUAUCGCACAUUGAUAAAUAAUUGCCUCUCAACCUGGUAUAUGAUCCCAGACAGCCUAUCCACUCACUAACGGUUAUUUUGAGAUGGAUUCUUUAAGUGAUGGAAAUUUAUACUUAUUUUACAAGUUAAGAAUUAUUUGCACUUCCCUUUUUUCUUAUGCAAUAAAUGAUAAAUAUUUUAUCUUGCACUGUCAUCCUCACAUCGAAAUUUGAAGCAUAUCCUCCUGCCUCCAAUAUAUGAGCUAAACCACUUUCUGUAAUGGAUGAGCAAACUCUACUAGAUAGUGUUUCUAUUCUUGAUGCUGUGAACUUGGAAGAAAAUAUGAUCUUUUAUUGUGACCAUCGCCUCAAUGCUUACCUGCCUUGUUUUUUGAUUAGACAUCAAAUCAGCCCGAACAGCUAAGUCCUCAGGGCCAUAUUCUUGAAGUGGCUAUUGAAGCAACAGCAACUGCAGUUAUCUAUCUAAGGGACAGUUCAAAUGAAUUAGACAACAAAGUUGGUGAUGGUGAUUGUAGAUCAACAAUGGCCCGUAAGCGUUCUCGACCUUCUGUGCAGCCAGCUAGUGGUUCGACGUCGUAUAGUCGUUCCUAAUUCAUUUCUGCUACAGCUCAGGAGGUCUUCACUUCUCAGUUCUCCUUACGCCCCGUUCUCAUGGAGUGUGAGAUAUGAUAUAUUCUGUAAGGCAGCUUAUUCACAAUUGAAAGCAGAUAGCCAUUCAGUUAUUAUGGCCCUACACUGGGCUGGUGCAUUUGAAGCUGCUAUAGCAGCAAUCAGCAAAUAUGGUGGAGCUGGAGCCAGUGCUGGUUAUCGUACAUUAUUGGAUGCUCUUAUUCCAGCAUCGUCAGUUCUCAAAGAGAAGUCGUCUGCUGGAGAUGAUCCCAUUGACGCAUUUGUUAUUUCUACUGAAGCAGCAGUGUCGGGGGCUGACUCAACUAAAGACAUGCUUGCACAGGCUGGCCGUUCUUCAUAUGUCUCAACCGAUUUCCUGCAUCAUUUCCUGAGCCAGGGGCCAUGGCUGUGGCUUCAUGGUACAAAGCAGCUGCCUUAGCCGUGAAGAAAGACUUCAUGAAAACAUUUAUCUUGUGGUAACCAUUACAUUCUUCCGACAAUGUUUUAGUUCUCGAGGAGGAAUUAACAUGUAAAUUUUGUUCGUAACUUAAA